ACCCCGGGGCGCACGCGCUAGCGCAAACAGACACCGUAUUUCUCCUCCUUUCUCGGCCAACCCUAGGUAGAAUCCUAAAACAACUGCCCUCUCUUCCACGAUCUAGAUGUUGCGGCCCGCGGACAGGAGGUUCAAGAAAUAGUACACUCCGAGCGGCAGGCAGCGAGGCGGAAACGGUCGCCGGUUUCAGUGGUGGCCCCACUGGAAGCCGAGUUCAGGAGCGGCUAAGCGGUCGCCGGGGAAAGCACCGAGGCUUCCCAAGGUCUCCUCCGAGCUCCCACUCCGCACCUCCGAGGGCGUGAAAACCACGGGAGCCGCCCCGCCCCACGCAGCCCAGCCCCGCCCCAGCCCAGACACCGCCCCCCGCCAGUCUUCCCAGCUGCGCCCAGGGAGGACGCGCUCCGCCCCCUUCCAAUCCGGCCAAUGGGCGCCCGGGCAGCGCGCGGUUUGCCUCCGCCUCCGCCAGGGAAACUUGGAGGAGGAGAAAAGUUUGUACAGAGGGUGGAAAAGCGAGAGCGGAGCUCCAAGCCCGGCAGCCCGAGAGGAAGAUGAACAGCCCCAGGCCAGAGCCUCGGGCAGAGUGGACCCCGAGCCGCCCCCAGGUAGCCAGGAGCGGCCUCAGCGGCAGCCGCAAACUCCAGUAGCCGCCCGUGCUGCCCGUGGCUGGGGUGGAGGGCGGCCAGAGCUGGGGACCAAGGCUCCGCGCCACCUGCGCGCAAAGCCUCACACCUGAACGCUGUCCUCCCGCAGACGAGACCGGCGGGCACUGCAAAGCUGGGACUCGUCUUUGAAGGAAAAAAAAUAGCGAGUAAGAAAUCCAGCACCAUUCUUCACUGACCCAUCCCGCUGCCCGUCUUGUUUCCCAAGUUUUUGAAAGCUGGCAACUCUGACCUCAGUGUCCAAAAAUCGACAGCCACUGAGACCGGCUUUGAGAAGCCGAAGAUUUGGCAAUUUCCAGACUGAGCAGGACAAGGUGAAAGCAGGUUGGAGGCGGGUCCAGGACAUCUGAGGGCUGACCCUGGGGGCUCGUGAGGCUGCCACCGCUGCUGCCGCUACAGACCCAGCCUUGCACUCCAAGGCUGCGCACCGCCAGCCACUAUCAUGUCCACUCCCGGGGUCAAUGCGUCCGCCUCCUUGAGCCCCGACCGGCUGAACAGCCCAGUGACCAUCCCGGCGGUGAUGUUCAUCUUCGGGGUGGUGGGCAACCUGGUGGCCAUCGUGGUGCUGUGCAAGUCGCGCAAGGAACAGAAGGAGACGACCUUCUACACGCUGGUAUGUGGGCUGGCUGUCACCGACCUGUUGGGCACUUUGUUGGUGAGCCCGGUGACCAUCGCCACGUACAUGAAGGGCCAGUGGCCCGGGGGCCAGCCGCUGUGCGAGUACAGCACCUUCAUUCUGCUCUUCUUCAGCCUGUCCGGCCUCAGCAUCAUCUGCGCCAUGAGUGUCGAGCGCUACCUGGCCAUCAACCAUGCCUAUUUCUACAGCCACUACGUGGACAAGCGAUUGGCGGGCCUCACGCUCUUUGCAGUCUAUGCGUCCAACGUGCUUUUUUGCGCGCUGCCCAACAUGGGUCUCGGUAGCUCGCGGCUGCAGUACCCAGACACCUGGUGCUUCAUCGACUGGACCACCAACGUGACGGCGCACGCCGCCUACUCCUACAUGUACGCGGGCUUCAGCUCCUUCCUCAUUCUCGCCACCGUCCUCUGCAACGUGCUUGUGUGCGGCGCGCUGCUCCGCAUGCACCGCCAGUUCAUGCGCCGCACCUCGCUGGGCACCGAGCAGCACCACGCGGCCGCGGCCGCCGUGACCUCGGUUGCCUCCCGGGGCCACCCCGCUGCCUCCCCAGCCUUGCCGCGCCUCAGCGACUUUCGGCGCCGCCGGAGCUUCCGCCGCAUCGCGGGCGCCGAGAUCCAGAUGGUCAUCUUACUCAUUGCCACCUCCCUGGUGGUGCUCAUCUGCUCCAUCCCGCUUGUGGUGCGAGUAUUCGUCAACCAGUUAUAUCAGCCAAGUUUGGAGCGAGAAGUCAGUAAAAAUCCAGAUUUGCAGGCCAUCCGAAUUGCUUCUGUGAACCCCAUCCUAGACCCCUGGAUAUAUAUCCUCCUGAGAAAGACAGUGCUCAGUAAAGCAAUAGAGAAGAUCAAAUGCCUCUUCUGCCGCAUUGGCGGGUCCCGCAGGGAGCGCUCCGGACAGCACUGCUCAGACAGUCAAAGGACAUCUUCUGCCAUGUCAGGCCACUCUCGCUCCUUCAUCUCCCGGGAGCUGAAGGAGAUCAGCAGUACAUCUCAGACCCUCCUGCCAGACCUCUCACUGCCAGACCUCAGUGAAAAUGGCCUUGGAGGCAGGAAUUUGCUUCCAGGUGUGCCUGGCAUGGGCCUGGCCCAGGAAGACACCACCUCACUGAGGACUUUGCGAAUAUCAGAGACCUCAGACUCUUCACAGGGUCAGGACUCAGAGAGUGUCUUACUGGUGGAUGAGGCUGGUGGGAGCGGCAGGGCUGGGCCUGCCCCUAAGGGGAGCUCCCUGCAAGUCACAUUUCCCAGUGAAACACUGAACUUAUCAGAAAAAUGUAUAUAAUAGGCAAGGAAAGAAAUACAGUACUGUUUCUGGACCCUUAUAAAAUCCUGUGCAAUAGACACAUACAUGUCACAUUUAGCUGUGCUCAGAAGGGCUAUCAUCAUCCUACAACUCACAUUAGAGAACAUCCUGGCUUUUGAGCACUUUUCAAACAAUCAAGUUGACUCACGUGGGUCCUGAGGCCUGCAGCACGUCGGAUGCUACCCCACUAUGACAGAGGAUUGUGGUCACAACUUGAUGGCUGCGAAGACCUACCCUCCGUUUUUCUACUAGAUAGGAGGAUGGCAGAAGUUUGGCUGCUGUCAUAACAUCCAGAGCUUCGUCGUAUUUGGCACACAGCAGAGGCCCAGAUAUUAGAAAGGCUCUAUUCCAAUAAACUAUGAGGACUGCCUUAUGGAUGAUUUAAGUGUCUCACUAAAGCAUGAAAUGUGAAUUUUUAUUGUUGUACAUAUGAUUUAAGGUAUUUAAAGUAUUUUCUUCUCUGUGAGAAGGUUUAUUGUUAAUACAAGGUAUAAUAAAAUUAUCGCAACCCCUCUCCUUCCAGUAUAACCAGCUGAAGUUGCAGAUGUUAGAUAUUUUUCAUAAACAAGUUCGAGUCAAAGUUGAAAAUUCAUAGUAAGAUUGAUAUCUAUAAAAUAGAUAUAAAUUUUUAAGAGAAAGAGUUUAGUAUUAUCAAAGGGAUAAAGAAAAAAAUACUAUUUAAGAUGUGCAAAUUACAGUCCAAAAUACUGUUCUUUCCAGGCUAUGUAUAAAAUACAUAGUGAAAAUUGUUUAGUGAUAUUACAUUUAUUUAUCCAGAAAACUGUGAUUUCAGGAGAACCUAACAUGCUGGUGAAUAUUUUCAACUUUUUCCCUCACUAAUUGGUACUUUUAAAAACAUAACAAAUUUUUUGAAGUCUUUAAUAAAUAACCCAUAAUUGGAAGUGUAUAAUAUAAAAAAUUUUAAAAAUCUAAGCAGCUUAUUGUUUCUCUGAAAGUGUGUGUAGUUUUACUUUCCUAAGGAAUUACCAAGAAUAUCCUUUAAAAUUUAAAAGGAUGGCAAGUUGCAUCAGAAAGCUUUAUUUUGAGAUGUAAAAAGAUUCCCAAACGUGGUUACAUUAGCCAUUCAUGUAUGUCAGAAGUGCAGAAUUGGGGCACUUAAUGGUCACCUUGUAACAGUUUUGUGUAACUCCCAGUGAUGCUGUACACAUAUUUGAAGGGUCUUUCUCAAAGAAAUAUUAAGCAUGUUUUGUUGCUCAGUGUUUUUGUGAAUUGCUUGGUUGUAAUUAAAUUCUGAGCCUGAUAUUGAUAUGGUUUUAAGAAGCAGUUGUACCAAGUGAAAUUAUUUUGGAGAUUAUAAUAAAUAUAUACAUUCAA